UGAUUGAAACGCCUCCCGGCUCGUUGUCAUUUGUGUAACAUCAGUCGAUGCUGAGGCUGAUGAACAGCGCUUCGCUCUCAAUAAGACGACCCUCACCGCAGACGCCACCAAUGCCACUCCGCAUGUGACUGUUGACAGUACACCUCACCUGCACCCUGACAGCACGUCCGCAGUCCGCAGUCCGUACCUGGCUGGCACUGCAAUCCGGACCGACCAGCUUCGCGGCAGCCAACAAACUUGUGAACCGAUCAGAACAUGUCCGCAGACGACACGGCAUCCUACGCGGUGACCGACACACCACUGCCGCCUCUCCCUGACCAGGAUCCAUUGAAUACGCAGCAAUGGAACACCUUCGUUGCCAUUGCCGAAGCCAUCGUACCGCCCUUGACCCGAAGUGAUGCUUCAAAGACAGACCGUCUGCUCGCGCACCCAUUGCCAAGCGACGUCUACCAUUCGGCCCUUAGCCGGAUUCAGCGACUCUGCAAGAUCCAGGAUGCAGAUGAUGCCACUGUCACCGCGUAUCUCGCGGAAGGUGCCACAUCCCGUCCAGAGUUCAAGGAGCUCAUCUCGCGAAUGCUUGCUUUCCAUAUGAGCGACACUGCCCGAAAUGGACUUUCGUUGAUCUUGAGUGCAUUGAGCACACGAGCCGGCUCACUCCUGCUCACUGGAUACGCAACUCCACUAGACGCUCUGUCCCUCAAAGAACGAGAGCAGGUCAUCCUUGGCUGGAAUCGUGCCCGCCUUCCUCUUCUUCGAGGGCUCGGUAGAUCGCUCACGCAGCUCGCACGAGCGCUGUGGCUCAGAACAUCUCCGACAGUAGGAACGCUCCUCGGCUACACGCGUGCUCCCAUAUUUGACCGGGCUGCGCCAGCUGGCUAUCCCUUCACAUUCGUGCAGAUACCGCAGUCCAGCUUGCCAGAGCCCGAGGUCAUCGAAACAGAUGUAGUGAUCGUAGGAAGCGGCUGCGGCGGUGCAGUCGCAGCCAAGUAUCUCGCCGAGGCCGGACUCAAGGUCGUCGUCGUCGACCAGUCGUAUUACUGGUCGCCCGAGCAUUUCCCAAUGGCUGAGAGCCAAGCUGGUGCCCACUUGUUCGGAAACGGGGGCAUCGUAACAUCGACCGAUGGCAGUAUCAGUGUGGUGGCCGGGGCUACUUGGGGAGGUGGAGGCGUGAUCAACUGGAGUGCCUCCCUCCAACCACAGGGCUAUGUCAGGAGAGAAUGGGCACAGAAGUUCGGACUUCCUCAUUUCAAUGGCUCUGCAUUCCAAGCAGAUCUGGAUGCUGUGUGUGCGCGCAUGGGUGUAAGCGCCAAUCACAUCAAUCACAACAAAGGCAAUACUGUACUCCUCGAAGGCGCGAGAAAGCUGGGUUGGAGCGCAAAAGCAGUUCCUCAAAAUACUGGAGGCGAGGUUCAUGAUGAUGGCUUCUGCACCCGAGGUUGUCGGAGUUGCGGUAAGAAAGGUACUACCGUUACCUUCUUACCAGAUGCUGCCGAGGCGGGUGCCCGAUUUAUUGAGGGCUUGGAGGUUAAGGUCAUUACGUUCGACGAAGCAGAUGCGACGAAGACGACAGGUGUCAAGGGAACGUGGGUUUCGCGCGACCAAGCCGGCGGCGUUGCAGGCAACCAUCGAGCUACACGCGAAGUCGUCAUCAAAGCAAAGCGAACAAUUGUGUCUGGUGGCUCGCUGUACACACCCAUUCUGCUCCUGAAGUCAGGCCUCAAGAACAAGCACAUCGGACGCCACCUCCAUCUUCAUCCAGUCAACAUGGUCGCCGCAGUCUGGGACGAAGACGUUCGGCCAUGGGAAGGUCCGAUUCUAACGUCUGUCGUGAACGAAUUCGAGAAUCUGGACGGAGAUGGAUACGGAGCCAAGCUCGAGUGCACAACCAUGCUUCCAUCUUCUUUCCUACCUCUUUACGAAUGGAAAGGAGGCCUGGCCUUCAAAGAAUUCACCUUGAAAAUGCGCCGCAUGACAGGCUACAUCAGUCUAGCCCGCGAUCGCUACGGAGGCAGAGUCUACCUAAAUCCAAAAGAUGGACGGCUCACCAUCGACUAUUCACCGAGCACAUACGACAAGAACCACAUCCUCGAAGGUAUCGUACGCCUUGCAGAACUGCUGUACGUCGAGGGAGCCCGAGAAAUCUACACGGCCAUCCCCGGCGUCGAUGCCUUCAUCCGACCCUCCGCAGACACCGAUGCCAAAGUUUCCCUUUCACCGAAUUCCUCCCCAUCAAUCACCGACCCAGAUUUCGUAGAAUGGACCAAAAAAGUCCGAGCGAAUGGUAUGCCAAGCCCUCAAACACCAUACUUCUCAGCCCAUCAAAUGGGUACAUGCCGAAUGGGAACCUCACCUACGAACAGCGUGGUCGACGAUCGCGGACGCGUGUGGGGAACUCAGAAUUUGUACAUUGCUGAUACCUCCGUCUUCCCAUCCGCCUCUGGUGUCAAUCCCAUGAUCACUUGCAUGGGAAUUUCGAGAGGCAUUGCUCGGGGGAUUGUGAAUGAGGAGCGAUCGCAGCCUGAGUCUCGUGUUGCGAUGGAUGCCAAGGCGAGACUGUGACUAGCCGAUCUCCGGGCCAUCAAUACAGCGGUCGCGAGGAUGUAUUAAGAAAUGGUAGGAUGUUGAGGAGUUGUGUGUGUGUUCGGUGCUCAGCGGAAAAAGGACACCAUGGUGUCGAGCAUGAGAAGAUCAGGGACAUAUUGUAAAAGGAUGUGAAAAGUAUUCAUAUAUUGGCUCUUUGAGGAGUCACUUUGUAAUAAUGUAUUCUUCUUGCAAAUAAGGUAAUCUGGCAUUUC